UGAUUGGGCGUCAUGGAGUCACGCGGUGUUCAAUCGCUCUGCCCUACCUCGAGCAGUCGCUGAACGCGAUCUUGUCUGCCAGCUUUAGCAGCGGUUCUAUCUGGAUCCUCCGUACACAACCUACGACAAUUACUGAUAAUUACUGAAGACCUUUUCUUCUUUUGGAAGACCGUUCUCACCAUGGGCGACAAGAAGAGCCCUACCAGGCCGAAAAGACAAGCUAAACCAAGUGCUGACGACGGAUAUUGGGACUGUAGCGUCUGCACCUUCAAGAACAGUGCAGAGGCUUUUAAAUGCAGCAUCUGCGAUGUGAGGAAGGGCACAUCGACAAGGAAACCCAGGAUCAACUCCCAGCUGGUGGCCCAGCAGGUGGCUCAGCAGUACGCCACGCCUCCCCCACCCAAGAAGGAGAGGAAGGAGAGGCCUGAGAGGGAGCACGACCCAGACGGGGAGCUGGUGGAUGUGGAGGGGGAGCACCAUGAGGCAGUGCGUCCGGAGAGAGUGAGGCCAGAUGAAGGAGAAUCUCCCCUGGAUAACGGCAGGAAGGAGACACCGGACAAUGACAAAGCAGAGAAAGUUAAAGAGGUAAAAGUGGAGGAGGAGGAGAAAGUGGAGGAGGAGAAAGUGAAAGAGGAUGAGAAAGAGGAGAUAGAGAUCAGCCCAACCAGGCCCAUCACCAAGAGACCCAGCCUCAAGGAGAUCAGCCCAACCAGGCCCAUCACCAAGAGACCCAGCCUCAAGGAGAUCAGCCCAACCAGGCCCAUCACCAAGAGACCCAGCCUCAAGGAGAUCAGCCCAACCAGGCCCAUCACCAAGAGACCCAGCCUCAAGGAGAUCAGCCCAACCAGGCCCAUCACCAAGAAACCCAGCCUCAAGGAGAUCAGCCCAACAAGGCCCAUCACCAAGAAACCCAGCCUCAAGGAGAUCAGCCCAACCAGACCCAUCACCAAGAAACACAGCCUCAAGGAGAUCAACCCAACCACGCCCAUCACCAAGAAAAACAGCCUCAAAGAGAUCAACCCAACUAGCCCCAUCACCAAGAAACCCAAUAACAAAGAGAUCAGCCUAGCCAGGCCCAUCAUCAAGAAACCCAACAUCAAAGAGAUCAGCCUAGCCAGGCCCAUCACCAAGAAAUCCAGCAUCAAAAAGAUCAGACCCAAGACAGACAUUCACCAGAGUCCACCUAGUGAUAAACACAGUGUACAAUCUGGGAAGUCAACAACCAAGACCAACAACUCUCACAUCUCCAGGCCCAAACUGAAGAAUAUUGACCGGAGCACCGCCCAGCAGCUAGCGAUAACGGUGGGGAACGUGACGGUCAUCAUAACAGACUUUAAGGAGAAGACCCGCUCCUCCUCCACAUCCUCGUCCACCGUGACAUCCAGCGCAGGCUCUGAGCAGCAGCAUCAGAGCUCCGGCUCCGAGAGCAUGGACAAGAGCUCGACUCGCACCUCCACUCCCAAAGGAGAGCUCUCUGUGGGGCAAGAUGAGUCCUUCUGAGCCCUCCAGUCCAGGUGCUCUGAGAGGACUCUGUGGAUGGGAUCCCUUAGGGGGAGAUAUUUCACCUUCCUACUGCUGCCCUACCCCCUGCAUCCAUCUCCAUUCCAUCACCAUCCCUGGAUGCUGAGAGAGCUCGCUGAUUGGAGCGGCCCCAGCGUGUGCCUGAUGGUUAACGUCUAACCAUGGGUACACGUUGUGCAUGGCCCAUGCGGGAGAGUGGGGCUGACAGGAAUAAUGUAUUGUUUUAUAUUUGUAUGUGGAUAUGUGGCUGAUUCAACAUUUUUGUUUUUGUAUAAAGAAAUUAUCUGCACAAUAACCACCAUUUUAACAACUCUGAAAUAUUAUUACCCUUAUUUAUUACUUGUUUCACCUGUAUACUUUUAGACUUUUUUUGUUGAGGCUUUGCUUUGUAGUGCUACCUAUCGCUCCCUUUGACACUAGUUUUGAUGGUUGUACUGGUAGGAUAGGACAAGGCUUGAUACACCCACACAAUGGUGCUAGAUAGAGACAGACUGUGAAACAGUUUCCAACGUGGGAUGGUCGUUCACACAAUACAACAAAGUGCUAAUAACCCAGAAAUGUUCUCUUUCUCUCGUCCACUCUUUCUCACACUAUCACUCUCCUACAGUGAGAGUGUGGACCUCUGUAGUCUGGUCUUUCAGGUUGAUAUGUAGAGGUCAAUGUGCAGCAUAAAAAGGUAACCUGUUUGAUUUGAAAAUCCUACGAUGUAAACUCAACACACCAAACGUUUUCUUCUAGCUUUCUUUGUCUAUGAUUUAGUUUGAUAUAGAAUUGAUCGCCUGUCUAACUGUAUGGUGUAGGCGAUAGUGAAAAACACUAAAGUUGUUGAUGUUUUUUGCAUUCCGUCGCUUCAAUAUUGGUUAGCCAUUUGAGGGAUGGAGCGGGACCUUCUGCUUUGAGACAGGUUUAUUUCUGUAAUGACUGAAGGAAAGUUUAGAUCCACCUGUUAAGACCAGAGUUUGAACUGUAAUAUAGUGAUUCCCUGUACCGUUUAUAAUAUCCAGCUGACGCUAAGGGACUUCAGCUUGUAAUAAGUCCUAGCUAAUGUUUAGCCUACUAAUCUUCUUUUCAAAUUCUGUUUACAAAGUUGUCAUUUUCCAGUCCGUUUUGUGCAAAUGCCUGGACAGAUUGAGAAUUGAUUUGAGUGACUUAUUCUGAUAAGAUAUAUUUAAGACUCCCAAUAUGUAGGCAAAUGAAGGCAGAAACAUUGCAAGUAGAUGAUAUAAUAGAAUAUUGCAUUUUGUUUUGAAUUUUCAAAGCAGUUACAGCUUACCUAAAUAACCAAUUAAAUGGUUCUAAUUCUCCUUUAGACAAAUAUAGACAAACACAAUUUCCUCUUAACUGUAAUAAAUUGUAUAAAGAAUAAAUGUGUAUAUGAUAUCUUAGUUUUAUUUAUUGAAGGACCAAAGGAAUUUCAUAAUGACAUGAUACAUAGACAAAUGAAUAACAAUUUGAGAUGCAAUUAUAAAAUGUGUGAAAUGAAAUACAUUUUAAAUAAAGACUAAUAUAAUCCAUUUUAACGGUGUAAUUAUUUUCCACUUUUUUAACAACUCAACUUUGACAUAAACCUGAGGAUCAGCAAAACUUGACAUGUUUUCUGAGCUGUAUUUGAACACCUAACCAUUAUUUCAAUCACAAGUGUCUACUCGGAGAACACAAGUUAGUUGCUCUGCUCAGUGAACACUAGACUAGAGGCAAUGAGAACCAGUCAUUAAGCAAUGAGCUGUAUUGAACUCGGCAGUGUUUCCAGAAGUUCUUGGAGCCAUGGAAAACCCUGUUAUCUGAGCCUCUGCUCUGCUCCACUCUCCUCCGUAUAGUAUCUGCCCCUGCAGAGAACCAAUUGGCCUGAGCAGGCUAGUUUAAUCUCUCCCUACAGACCUCUAAAGCAGGUCAGGCAAGUUGGGCAUGCCCUUCUAAUUUACUAUGACCAUGAGUCUAUAGGGCAAGUGUUGAGGUAAAGGCCUUACUGUCUAUUUUCAGUUGUAGAGAGUAUAAUCAUAUUUGUGUAGUGUGAAUAAGCAAUGUUUGUUGUCCAAUAAGCAUACGUUGUAACUUCAGACUCUUCCAUGAGUUUCAUUUUGCUGUUCAGCCGUAUGAUUAUAUGUCAUGUAUUUAAACUACAUUAUUUUGCAAAGAUAUGGAGUCUCUAGACUGAAUGAGGGAGGAUAUGCAAUGUGAACAGGAUUAUUGAGGUGUCUGGCUGAGAUAUAAAGAAAAUUAUGUUAUCAAUCAUUUUUAAUGAGCAUAUUAAAUCUUUGCUUUGUAAUGCAAUCUAGAAGAAAUUGGCCUAAAAAGCUAUCUUUCACAUGCCUUACCCGUAACCAUAUUCACUUGACUGACUUCUGUGACAUUAUAUAAUUGAUUAAUUGUAUGUUAAAUUAUUGAAAAAUGGGCAUUUUGUAAACUUUGCUUGUAUGUAUAAUUUUAAAUUGUGCAAGAGCCAUCGUGAGAAUAAUGGCAUUGAAGCUGAACAGUUUUCUUUGUUUCUUUUACGCGCAAGCAGUUAUGUUCUUGUGUGCGACCAGUAACCUUAAUUUACUGUGUAAAGAUGGUUACAUUUUUUAGCUUUGUUUGUCAGAGACCCAAAUAUAGAAUGCUUGUUUACUGACUACAUAACAUUAAUCUCGUGAAUUUCCAAUUUAAAUGUAUUAUACAAGCUCUUUUCAUUUUCCUCUAUUACAAUGUCUUGUACAAUGCUUUUAAAGUUUAUGCUCAGUAAAAGUAUGUAGGGUCAGUAUAUUUAUACAUGUUUUGCUUUCUGUUUCCUUUCUUACUACUAGCUGAUGUGUCAUUGGUCACCCUGUGAGAUGGUGCCAUUACUUCCAUAAUGUGGAAAUGUAUGGAGUGAAUUUCACAGGAUCACCGCUUCUUGUCUACUAGCUUAUACAAUGUUGAAUUCUACAUGUUACCUGGCAUGUGCACGACAUUAUGCUUAUUGGCUACCUUAUCAUUUCCUCUGCUUCAAAUAGAAAUGUCUAUUUAUGCAUUUUAAGUGUAGUUUUUCACAAAUAAAAUUGUUAAAGUUG